CUGGCAGGAAAGCCUAUAUCUUUUCAGACAAAUGGUUGUCCAAUCUCUUCUUCAAAGCCUCCGGUGUUGGCGAUCUUCUGGAGGCAAGUCCUUUUACUGUUUAUGUCUGGGGUCUUUAUGGGAAGUUUUGCUACAUUUUCUUAGCUGAUAUCCCACCUUCUCCUUCAAAAAAAAAAACACCUGCCCUUGUGGGCAUAAUCUUCCUUCUCUCCCUUCUUCUCGAAAUCUCUGCUCUUCUCCCACAAACCCAAGCAGCUCCUUCUCAGCUCACCCAGGUCAAUAACCGCGUCCCUUUCUUUCUCCAUCGCCUCCCCCAGCUAUGAACCUCUCCUUCAAUGGCCUCACCGUUCUCGGGAGCCAGCCGGAGCCGUGGACGAUGCCACCCAAUCUGUCGUUGUCCGGACAGCCGAGCCAAGGGUUGGGUUGGGCUGAGGUAGAGAAGCUGCUCUUCCUGUUCGACAAAGAUCCGGUCACCCUCAGCCUCGUCAUCCUCUACCUGGUGUCCUUCUUGGUUGGGUUGGUAGGCAACGUCAUGUCGAUCAGGAUGCUGACCAGGAAACGGAGCCGUGCCGUGCCCAGCCUGAAUGCCACCCGCAGCCUCCUGAUCAACUUGGCUAUCUGUGACUUGAUGGUGGUUUGCAUCUGCAUGCCCGUCACGACCGGGAACCUUAUAUACAAAGCUUGGAUCUACGGAGACUUGCUGUGCAGGGCGGUGCCAUUCAUCCAGGCUCUGUCCGUCUCAGCCAGUAUUCUCAGUCUGACGGUGAUCAGCUUGAACCGCUAUUACAACGUCCACAACCCCCUGAAAGCCAGGUCCUUCUUCACCCGGAGGAAGAUCUUGAACACCAUCCUGGCGAUUUGGAUCUUGUCUUCAGGUAUCUGCCUGCCUCUUCUGUUCAUGAACCGGCGAGACGAGAUCGGGGUGGGCUCCGAUCUCCCGUUGGUGUUCCCCAUUUGCCGGGAAAUGUGGCCCCAGGAAGAGCUCAAGCUAAGCUACAGUUUCUUCCUCUUCUGUGCUCUCUACUGCUUGCCGGUCUCCUUCAACGUGGUCAUCUGCUACUUGACCGUCCAUCGGCUCUGGAGACCCACCAGCACCCUGAGAGACUGCGGUGCCUUGAAGCAGACCUUGCUGGCUUCCAGGCUGAAGAUCCGCCGGACGGUGGCUCAAAUGGUCAUCGCCUUAGUUCUGCUCUUCGCCAUUUCCUGGCUGCCCAUUUAUCUGAUGGACAUCUGGAUAGAGUUCCACAGCCCCAAGUCCUUGAGUGAUGAAGAGCCAUCUCCUUUGGUCCUGCAACUGCGGGCUUUCUCUCAAUGGCUUAGCCUCACCAACUCCAGCCUCAACCCCAUCUGCUACUGUUUUGUGGGCAGCCUCUACAGAUCAGCUAAGGAAAUGAGGAGCAGAUACCAAAAGAAAGUAGCUUUCCUUCUCAGCUUCUCUCCCUCGGAAAAGAGCUGGCUACCUUCGGUUCCCAAGAUGCUUUCUCACAGGCGGUCAAUGGACUCGGCUAAAGAAGAACCUGACCUUGCAACACGAAAAGAAGGCUGCGGAGGCCACAGCCACAGCUGCAGCAGUGUUGUCUAAGAUAAUCUUAGGGAUGACCAAUAGCGUGCGGGGAAAGAACCACCUUCCUACAAGGGUUGAAGUUUCCAACUGUGCAUCUUCCCUUGAUGUGAGCACCUCCCUGAAGCCGGUAGAAGAGAAUAUUGGUGGGUUUUUCCCCCCAGAUGUUUUGUGACCCAAUUAGGGGACAUCAUCGGUACUAGAAGGGAGUGGGGUUUGCAGGUAGGAGGAAGAGUGGGGGGGAAAAGGGAGGAGGAGAUGGAGAUGGAGGAGGAGGAGGAGAUGGCAGAGAAGGACUAUAGGGUCCUUGAGGCUCUCUGAGCUUGGUUGUUUUCUUGUGGACAUUUCAUGACAUUUCAUGACCCAACUAGGUAACAUCAUCAGUGCUAAAGGGAGAGGGGUUUGCAGGGAGGAGGAGGAGGAAGAGGAGGAGGACAAGGACAAUG